UAUAUAUAUAUAUUUAAUGCAAUUUCUUUUGGUUUCUUUUUUUUUUGCAUCAGGACCACAUUACAACAGGUCCAAAUCUAAAAUCAGUAUAAAGACUAAUUUAAAACGUUUCUGAUUUGUGAAACCUUUGUUCUGUUUGUCUGAUCCACAUGUGAAUAUAACUGUGGAAUCUCAAUUCUGUUUUGCACUUUGACAAAUAACAUAAAGGUUUCAUUAAAAAAAAAAACAAAAAAAAAACGGUUCACCUAAAAUGUCACGAUGUUUGCAUUUCCUUUUGCCUCAAUUUCCCUGUUAGAGCUAACUUCAGCUUAGAACUCUUGAUCAUGUGGGUUAAAGUCAGUAAAUAUUGCAAAAGGCUUGAUCUUAUCGUUGGUGUCCGUCUGUUCUGUGUUUGUGUUGGAGGCUCUCAGCAGCUGUUAAGUUUCGAUUCCAGCAAAGCGAACUGAAACGUGAAAACGAAAGUAAAGCUGCAGCUGACGAUGUGACGGAGAUGUUUGCUGCUCAGCUGAUUUUUACUCAACAACAGGCUCAUUUUGCACAACAGAAGCACGGCUUGAGCAGGUUAUAAACUGGUUGAUGUGGUGAAGGACGAGCUUCAUUAGUUAAACUUGACUGUGAAGAAGACGUUUGUAUCGAUGUCUGCUGGGAUCUGCAGGCUGUUUUCACGGUUCAGUGUCAGAGACUUCCAGGUCGAAAUGAGAGGACUCUCCAACUACCGUCUCUCCUGCUGUGUGAACACUUUGCUGCAGACCCUCUCUGCCACCUGGGAAGUACUAGACCUACUAUUAAAGUGGGAAGCAGCUGGUGCGAGACCGGAUAGUCCUAAUGUCCCCCUGCAGCUAAAGAGGGUUCUUUCAGCCAUGCAAGGAGACCUUCCUCAGCCUGCUCCACAUCGUGACUUCCUCCACUGUCUAGACAGACACUUCAUUCGUCUUGGUGCACAGCAUGACGCUGACGAGGUCUUCCUCUCCAUUCUGAACCUCGUGCAGCAGCAGAUAGAUGACAAAGCUCUGGCUCUUGAAAUCCAGAAUCUUUACAAGAUUUCAGUGGAGACGCACCUGCAGUGUUUGGAUUGCACCUCCAUCCAAACUCGAAGCAGCUACAUGCUCAGCCUGCCUCUGCAUAUCAAGGAAGAUACCAACUCUCUGGAGGGCUGCAUGACCUCCUUCUUUGAGCACCAGGAGUUAAGGGGCAGAGAUCGCUGGUUUUGUGCCCAAUGUGGAAGGAAGACAACCUCCAAACAGGGUGUCAAACUCCUCUCCCUGCCUCCUAUCUUGUGCGUGCAUCUGAAACGAUUUCGGAAUAUGUACGGUUCCACCCGGAAACUUGACUGCAGAGUUACGUUUCCAGAAACCUUUGACUUCUCGGAGAUUGUAAAAGAAGCGUUCUCUACAGGCUCUGAGCAGAACAAUACGAAGUACACUUUGUAUGCAGUGGUGGUGCACUCUGGUGUUGCAAUGUGUGGGCACUAUACUGCCUACGUCUGUCACGGAGUGAACAAGCGCUGGUACUAUGCAAAUGACGGGCAUGUACACCAGACCUCCUGGGAAGAAGUGCAGACAACAUAUGGAGGACAUUACAGAGACACGGCGUACAUGUUAAUGUACAGGAGAGGUUCAAAAGAAGAAUGGAAACAACCGGAAUUUUCUGGCUGAAUGGAUGGAAGCAAAUAAAUCAGGGGACAUGGGGCAACAUAGGAACAUAUGGAAACAUUUAUUUUCUUGAAAUUAUUUAUUCCAAUUUCUGAUUUUGCUGUACAUGCUGAAAGGUUUUAUUGGUGAUAUGUAUUUUUCUGACCUCAUAGAGCUCAUAGAUGUAAACCAGCACAGUAAUUUGUUAAAGGAACCAGUAGGUGGCGUUCAAGAUUCAAAUCCUGAGAGUGUUUUUGACUCAGACCACACACACAGCAAACACACUCUGUGAUACUGGGGGGUUGGUUUGAAGAGAAUGCUUAGCUUAGAUAUUUGCUGUUUGGGGGAAAUACCUGCAACAGGACUCAGUGUUCACUGUCCUGACAAUGCUGUACAUGAGUCAUUCCUGAAGAACAAUGAAGUCAUUUUUUUGCUCACAUGGCCUGACAAAAACAUCAACUUUGAUUUUCUGAAUUAUAUUUUCCUACUUCUUGCAAGUCUUUUUUUAAAACCACUAUUUAAAAAGAAGAUUUGGAGUCAUGUGCCUUAAUAUUUUAGGCAUUUAAUGAUGCACCAACAGCAGCAACUAUACACAGUCAUUUAUGUGUUUGCAGAAUGCAUUGAGGGAAUUAUCUUACAAUUAAAAGACGUUCAACACUAAA